CUCACUUCAGCAGAACAGCCCGAGAGAGUGUGUGUGUGUAUGUGUGUGUGUGUGUGUGUGCGCACAGCAUCUGAAACACUGCGGCAUGGACAGCGACGGGAGGAAAGUGGUCGUGUGUGACAAUGGCACUGGGUUUGUCAAGUGUGGUUUCGCUGGCUCCAAUUUCCCCGACCACAUCUUCCCAGCCCUGGUGGGACGUCCCAUCAUUCGGUCAGAUAUAAAAGUUGGGAAUAUAGAGAUCAAGGACCUGAUGGUGGGCGACGAGGCGAGCGAGUGCCGCUCCAUGCUGGAGAUCUCGUACCCCAUGGAGAACGGGAUGGUGCGCAGCUGGGAGGACAUGCUGCACCUGUGGGACCACACGUUCGGCCCGCAGCGGCUCGACAUCAGCCCCCCCGACAGCAAGGUCCUGCUGACGGAGCCGCCCCUGAACCCGGUGAAGAACCGGCAGAAGAUCGCAGAGGUCAUGUUCGAGACCUACCAGUUCCACGGCAUCUACAUCGCCAUCCAGGCCGUGCUGACGCUCUACGCUCAGGGUUUGUUAACCGGUGUGGUGAUCGACUCAGGAGACGGUGUGACUCACAUCUGUCCCGUGUACGAGGGCUUCUCUCUGCCUCACCUCACGCGCCGGCUCGACAUCGCAGGACGGGACAUCACGCGCUAUCUGAUUAAGCUUUUGCUUAUGCGAGGCUACGUCUUCAACCACACGGCAGACUUCGAGACGGUGCGGAUGAUGAAGGAGAAACUGUGUUUUGUCGGAUACAACAUCGAGCAGGAACAGAAGCUGGCCAAUGAGACCACCGUCCUGGUGGAGUCCUACACGUUACCAGAUGGACGGAUGAUAAUGGUGGGAGGCGAGAGGUUCGGAGCAGCGGAGGCUCUUUUCCAGCCUCAUCUCAUUAACGUGGAGGGAGUCGGAGUGGCCGAGCUGGUCUUCAACACCAUCCAGGCGGCGGACAUCGACCUCAGGUCGGACUUCUACAAGCACAUCGUCUUGUCCGGAGGAACCACCAUGUACCCGGGGCUGCCGUCCCGUCUGGAGCGAGAGAUCAAGCAGCUGUAUCUGGAGAGAGUGCUGAAGGGAGACACUGACAAACUCUCUAAAUUUAAAAUCCGCAUCGAAGACCCUCCGCGCCGCAAACACAUGGUGUUCAUGGGUGGUGCAGUGCUGGCCAACAUCAUGAAAGAUAAAGAGUCUUUCUGGCUGUCGCGAGCCGAGUAUGAGGAGAAAGGCCUAAAGGUGCUGGACAAACUGGGAGCGGUGCUGGGAUGAGCGUCGGCACCAAAACCAGUCACUCUAACCUCUUCAUGCAUGUUCCCAUUCAUAUCUAUUGCUAUUAUAAAAAAAACAAAAA